AAAAGUAUCAGUGGAAGACCAAGAGAAAAUAUUUCAUAAUAUACCUCAUGCUGGACCCGCUUCUCCGCUGACUGGUAAAAGAUCUUCAGACAGGUCUACGAGUAAGAUUGAAGCGGACUGUCAGAAGCUUCUUAAUGAGAUAUUGAAGAAUCACCCUGAAGGAUAUAAUAUUGGUUCCUUUAGAAAUCUGUUCCGUGACAGGUAUGGCUAUCAUAUUGACCCUCAAUGGCUUGGUUACCAAAAAUUGGUACACUUGUUGCAGACAAUGCCUGGUGUGAGAAUAGAAUCCCCUUCUAUCAUUCCGUCUGACUCUCCUUGGGAUGAACUGGGUCCUGUUGAUGAUGUGAAUUCUGGCAGGAAGGGACUGCAGGGUGUUUCUGUCAAAAAUGUGAUAGAAAGUUAUGCUGAUUAUAAAUCUACCUUCUCUGAUGAUGAUUUCUCAGAUUCAGAUGAAGAGACUUUGGGCAUGACGCCAAAAGCUCAAGGGAAGCCUACGACAAAUGAGGAAGAUAGCCCAGUAUUGCAAGUCCUGGGUGGUUCUUGGUACAGCCGUGAGGAAAAAAGAGAAGACAAGUUUGGAAAUGUUGAUGGUUCUAAAAAUGGUUUGAAGUUGUUUGGUUCAUCUGGAAUAAACACCAAGAGUGAAACUUCUUCCGUACAUCACAUAAAAAGCACUAAACCUCCGAAAACCUAUUCUUUUGUACAGGAUUCAAUUGAGAAUGGCACAGACAAUUUGAUCGUGAACAUACUAGGGAGCCUGAAGAAAUCUGGCGUUUCUAGGAUGCAAGGCUGAAGGAUCGCGUGGCGUGAAAGCACCAACAUCGUGGCUCCUGAGUCUUUGCAUGGAGGUUGGAAAGGUUGACGUAUCUGUUGAUAAAUAUUGGAGGGCUUUCAGCUUAUGAUUCAAUAGUUUCAAUAUCGUUUGGCCAUCAGUUCAGUCAAUAGGACAUUUUAUUUUUAUCCAGGUUGGGAGCAGGGUAAGUGCAUCAAUUCAGUCCAAGAAAAUGCUUAUUAAUCUGGUCACUGACACAAGGAUGAUUGGCUCUAUGGAGUAAACUUAUAUCUGGCAUCAAAUCUGCUCAAGUUUGCCACUGAUAGUGAUGAUCGGUGCUAUGCGUAUCCUCGUAUACGCUCACCUAUUUGUAAGCGUUAACGCUACCUGGAAAAAAGCUCCCAGGCCUGUUGCGUAUCUUCAAAGUGCUGCGUUGUGACGUUGAAUUGACCGUUGUAAACCAAAAGAUACCAAUGUAUCCUCCACCGUUUUGCACAUUGUUAGGUCAUAGUAUAAAAAUAUCCCAUAUCGUUCAGUAUCAAGUUGUCUGAUUUAUAAGCAUCAGUCUAUUGACUCAUUUUCAACCACUUGAGGGGAUUUUUAAAGGGCAAAGUAGUGCUGCCAUACACUCAAAUCUGAC